CAGCAAUUUGUUGAAAUAAGGUCCAUUCCCAGUGCGACUCGGUGCACUGAUCUGAUUUUGGCACUUUUAAAAAUAAAGACACUCCACCCCCAGUAACAAAACGCAGAGGAUGGUGGUGCGUCAUCCAUGCGGGUAUCCAAUGUGAACACUCCCUGGCAGCUCGUGGUCAUUGCGCUCUUCUUUCUCUUUGCUUUAUGUAGAGGUGUCGAGCUGGUAACACCCACCACGCUUCCCAGGCUCAGCCAUCAGGGGUUCAGUCUCUUCAAGAGGAACCUGCUCCAAAUCCAGUCGAGGCAAAGCGUGGGGCGCAAAGAGGGACCAUGAGAUCCGGAUAGUUUUUCCUUGCAGUGUUUGCCAUGCCAGGCACGAACAUCCCAGAAUUUGGAAAGGUUUUUUUCUGACUUCAGGAAGUCUGUGACGGGUAAAUUGCAUUAGUUAGUCAGAAGGUCUAAGUGGAAGCAAAUAUUUAUAACCUGUAUAAAUUAAACGUGUCGGGUUUGUUUUUUUUAAGUAUAGUCUAUCCGUCAAUGUGCGUUUGGUAAUCUGCUCGAAUUACUCAAAAACUAAAAGUGGCUGUAAAGGAAGCGAUCAGAAACUCUUCACUGGACAUGCUCUAUCAUCUCAACGGAUUACAGUCCUCUUAAAUCGGAUGCUCAAAAGGAAUUAAAUCAGAUUGUUUCCUCGUUGGAUAAGACCACAGUUUGCACUUAACAUCAACAGAAGCGUCAUAUCAUAUGCUGAUGGCUCAGCGGUACGAAGACCUUGCCCACUAUGGUGGCGGUAUGGAUGGAGUUGGGGUUCCGGCGUCCAUGUACGGGGACCCGCACGCCCCUCGGCUGCCGCAGGUUCACCAUUUGAACCACGGGCCACCGCCACAUGCCAACCAGCACUACGGGGCCCACGCACCGCACAGCAUCAUGCCCAGCAGCAUGGGCUCGGCUGUCAACGACGCACUUAAGAGAGACAAGGACCAAAUUUAUGGGCACCCGUUAUUUCCGCUCCUGGCGCUGGUGUUUGAGAAGUGCGAGCUGGCCACAUGCACACCGAGAGAGCCCGGAGUCGCUGGAGGAGAUGUGUGCUCGUCCGAUUCGUUUAACGAGGACAUCGCUGUGUUUGCCAAACAAAUUCGUGCAGAGAAACCGUUAUUUUCUUCUAAUCCAGAGUUGGACAAUUUGAUGAUUCAGUCAAUACAAGUAUUACGAUUCCAUCUUUUAGAACUCGAAAAGGUGCACGAGCUUUGCGACAACUUCUGCCAUCGAUAUAUUAGCUGUUUGAAGGGUAAAAUGCCCAUUGACCUGGUAAUUGAUGAACGGGAUGGAUGCAAGUCCGACUUCGACGACAUCUCAGGAUCCUCGACAAAUCUCGCAGAUCACAAUCCAGCAUCCUGGAGAGACAUGGACGACGCUCACUCUACUCCCUCAGUCGGCACCCCAGGACCCUCCAGCGGGGGACAUGCUUCUCAGAGCGGAGACAACAGCAGCGAACUAGGUAGGAAAACCUGUCAAUUUUACUAUCACGUCAUAGUAUGCUUUGUUGAAAACAUGGUUUACUCUGUCAUCUUAAUUUGUACUCCAGGCUUCAAGUAGUAUUUUCACUCGAGGUUGGAUUUUCAAUUUUUUUUUUUUUUUUUUACGUUAUACACUGAAAAAAUGGUAUCCUAAAAAUGUUGACAUCUAAAUUGGUUUUAUUCAAAGCAAAAGUAUUA